GUGACUGUGGGCCGUUGCCAAAUAUAACCCACGCGGAGCCCCCCGAGGACACUAAACACCAGGAAAGCUUCAGCGUUGGCUCCAAAGUAACGUACAGAUGCCUCACGGGUUACGUGAAACGCCCCUUGCUGUCAGAUACCAUCCAGUGCCUCACGAACUCUCAGUGGUCCAACCUCCAGGAGUUUUGUGGUCGUAGCUGCAGCGACCCGCCACACGUGCAGUUCGCCACGAUAUCACAAGAAGAUGAAAUUCGGAAUUUUUAUGCUGUUAAUACCACGGUGAAGUAUAUUUGUCGCCCAGGCUACGAGCGCAUCACAGACCAGCUCCUCACCAGCACUUGUCUUGACAAUUUAACAUGGUCCGAGGUUCCUGAGCUGUGUCGAACUGUUUCUUGUCCUCCACCUCCAGUUAUUCCCAAUGGGACACACAACAGCAACGGCACGGAGGAGUUUGUGUACGACUCGGUCGUGAUGUACACGUGUGACCCUGGGCUGCAGCUCGUGGGGAAUGAAACUCUUCGAUGUACAACGGAGAACAGUGUCGAUGGCAUGUGGAGCGGGUCUCCUCCCGAGUGCAGGGUUAGCACUGCAGCAGCGACAAACCAUACUGAACCCUCGGAAAAGAAGAUAGCAGAGAACCUCUAUUUGCUAGCUGCCAUCAUCAUGAAACAGAAAUGCAAUAAAAAGCACUCUUACAGUAUGCCUUUACAGAGCCAGGAGAUGAAGGGAAGGGAUCCACCGAUGCACCCAAGGAUAACGGAUGAGGAGAAGCAGCCCGUGCCGUGGCACUCCUAUUUUUGCCACACGACGAGUUGCCACGUGUGUCCCACCUGCGAAGAGCGGCUGCACGCUGCCCUGGCCCCCCAUGCCGAGCCCACGCGCCACGGCUGUGCCACCUGCAAGGACUGGCUGGACACCCAGCCCGGCACAGCACACACCUACUCAGUGCCCAGCAUCGACAUCGGGGAGAACCAAAACCCUGUGGGCACCAGGAUAAAUCCCAGUGGCUGCAGCAUCCUCAGCGGCACGAGGCUGAUGGGACUGAAGGGAGAGCUGCUGCACCAACUCCUGAUGUUCUAA